UGUUCCUUCUGAUCCAGGACUUCAAGAUGACAGGAAGAGAGUUUCUAGAAUUAGAUUCUCCGCAGCAAAGAGUAUAUUUGGAAAGAUUGAAGCGGAUGGAAAUCAUACAAAAGGUGCUCAAUGAGCUUCCUAAAGCAGAUCAGAACCUUUGUAAUCACGGAUCAUACUUCCUUGCAGCAAACGCAAGCUUAUGUGGCUUAGUAGCAAAUAAUUUCUUCAGGAACAUCCUACAUGUCAGAAGGGCUUCUUUGGUGUCUGCUUUGCCAAUGGCCGUUGUUCCCUUUCUUUCAACAGCAGUGGCUUAUGAAGCUUUUGUGCGUGAGCCUUUAUUUUCAGGUGAGCUAAACUGUGAGGUCUGUGCUGUGGUCAGAGGAGGAUUGAUAGGGGCUGUUGUGGGUGGUUUCUAUCCUGUUUUCCUGGCUCUCCCCAUGAAUGCAAGCCUUGCAGCCAGGUUUUCUUCAUCUCCCUUGCCAGGGAAAGAAAAUCUGUUACGCUUCUGGCUCACAGCUGCUCAGCCUGUCUUUAGAAAGAUGAGUUUGGGUGUCCUUAUACAGGUUCUAACUGGAUUAUAUCUUGCCACUAAACAUCAUGGAAUAUACGUCAAAAUAUUGCAGCAGAUGAACACUAGCAGGGAUCCUGAAGAGUUACAAGCAUGAAGUUAAGCAACUUUUCAAUUGCCUUGGAUAAGUAACCAUAAUAAACAA